UCUCUCUUGUCCCAUCUGUUUUGUUGUUAGUGUUGAUACGUGCGGGUUUGUAUAUGCCGUCUUUCCUCACGUUAUGACCGUGUAUUAGUUCUAUUUGUGACGAAAAUCUCCAAUUUCAUGAAUGAAAAUUUGUGCGAAUAUGUGUAUUAAGCCUUCAAAAUAACAUAAUCAUGGUCGAGCUUGAUUUUUCAUCUACGGGCACCGUGCCCGAGGAUGGAGUGCCGGAUAUGACUAGGCUUACGGUAUUGGAUGAAGAAGUCAUCAACAAGAACCUCAAGCUGAGAUACGAUAAGGACCGAAUAUAUACGUACACCGGCACAAUCCUUGUGGCAGUCAACCCCUACAAGGACAUUGACAUCUACACACAGAAUUAUGUGAACAAGUACCACGGCAGAAAAUUGCGCGAUCUCGAACCCCACGUAUUCGCAUUGGCAGAAGCAGCGUACGCCUCUCUACAGACGGACAACUCUGGCAAGGGGCACACGAACCAAAGCGUAGUGAUAAGCGGUGAGAGCGGUGCUGGAAAAACCGAAACCACGAGAUUUAUCCUGCAGUAUCUCUGUUCGGUUACCAGCGGCGUUUCCACGUGGAUAGAACAGCAGAUUUUAGAGGCCAAUACCAUAUUGGAGGCAUUCGGUAAUGCGAGGACUGUACGGAACGACAAUUCGAGUAGGUUUGGAAAGUUUAUGCAAGUAUGUUUUGACUCCCGAUGGAUGAUUGCUGGUUGUAUUAUACAAGAUUAUUUAUUGGAACAGUCGAGGCUAACGUUUCAGGGACCCGGAGAGCGAAAUUAUCACGUAUUUUAUCAGUUAGUGGAAGAAGCAAAGUACAACAAAGAAUUAGCUGCACAGCUUCAUCUGAGAGAAGCGAAAUUCUACAAUUACCUCAACCAAUCCGACUGCAUAAGAAUCGAAGGAGAUUCGAGAAGACUAGAUAGCUUAAGAUUAGCAUUUAAUGUUUUGCAAGUUCCGACAAACAUGUGCCACGGCAUAUUCCAAACGUUGUCUGCCAUAUUGUGGUUAGGAAAUUUAACAUUUGCGGAUGUGGAUGGAGAGAGGUGCCAACUUACCAAAGAUGAUGAAAGUAUUAUAGAAAUUUUAUCGAAUCUGUUAGGUUUAGAGAUAGAUAAUUUAAAACAGGUUGUUUUAUUGCGACAGAUUAAUGUUAGGGGAAAUAUCACGGAGAUACCCUUAAAGUUGCAGGAGGCAAGGGAAAAUCGUCAUGCUAUGGCAAAAGCCUUGUAUUCCAGGACUUUUGCGUGGUUGAUAAAUCAUAUUAACAACUGUACCAAUCCAGGACAGGAUUCGACGAGGUUCUUGGGUGUUUUAGAUAUUUUCGGUUUUGAGAAUUUUGCCAUGAAUUCAUUCGAACAAUUGUGUAUCAACUACACAAACGAAAAGUUGCACAAGUUUUUUAAUCAUUACGUUUUUGCCUUGGAACAAGAAAUUUAUACCCAAGAGGAAAUUCAAUUCAACCACAUUUCCUUUACCGACAAUACCUUGUGCUUGGAAUUAUUAGAGAAACCGCCAAGGUGCAUUUUAAGGUUAUUAUCAGAGCAGUGCCAUCUACCGAGAGGCUGCGAUGCUUCGUAUAUAUCCAAUCUACAUUCUGAGUUUGAAACUCAUGAGAGAUAUGUCAAAGGUGAAGACCGAAGAAAAUGGGAAACGGAAUUCGGAAUUAAACAUUACGCAGGCUGCGUAACCUACAAUGCCAAAGGUUUUGUAGACAAAAACAGGGAUGUGCAGCAAGACGUAUUCUUCGACAUUAUUUCUAGAAGCAGCAACGAAUUUGUACAGGCCCUGUAUACGUUCCAAGACCUUUCGAACACUCUAGCGCAAAGAGCAGUCGCCAACGGUAUCACGACAGUAUCCAGAGGUACCAGCAAAGGGAAACCGACUGUUUCCGAUACAUUCAGGCAUCAACUUCAGGCGCUCGUCGACGUUCUGCAGUCGACCACCCCUUGGUAUGUGCGCUGCAUAAAGCCUAAUCAACACAAACUUCCGAACGACUACGAUGACCAGCUGGUCCUGGACCAGUUGAAGUAUUUGGGAAUGUUAGACAUUAUUCGGAUUCGGAAAGAAGGUUUUCCCAUUCACAUGAGCUUCGAGGACUUUGUGAUACGAUAUCACUGUCUGUCUAAAAACCGCCUGCCGCCAGACAUGACGCUAGCAUGUCAGACUCUCAUAGAAAGUCAUAACGUACCAAAGACCGAAUGGCAAUUAGGAAAAUCUAAGGUUUUCUUAAGGUCUCACAUCCACGAACCAUUAGAAGAGGCCCGUAACAAGUUGAUCAAGUCUCGGGCCGUGUUGAUACAAAAGACGUACAGGAUGUACAUCGCACGGAAAGAAUACAACAAGACUCGAAAGGCAGUGCUGAAGAUACAACACGCCUACAAAGGUUGGAAGUUGCGUAUAGAAUUUCUGAAGAAACGUAGAGCCGCUAUAGUCAUCCAGAGUCAUUUGAGAGGGGUGUUUGCGAGAGAGGUGGCAGCAGCUCUUAGGGAAAUGAGACGGGUGGAGGAAGAGAUGAGGAAGAGAGAGAAGUUGGAAGCGGAGCGGUUGCAGAGAGAGGCAGAAAAGAGGGAAAGAGAGGCUAGGGAAGCAGAGGAAGCGCAAAAAUUGGCCGAAAUGCAGCAGGAUAGUGAAUUUCCACCACCGCCUGCGUUUGAAUCAGAGAAGGAAGAUCUGGAAGAGAGUGAAAAAGCGGCAGAACAGGAAAUUGCCGCUUUGUCCCAUAUGGCGGAACAAUUGAAGCACAACAGAUCCGAACCCGUAACCGAAUCUGUAGACUUAGACAACCUCUUCGCCUUCCUUUCUGACGUUCAGCCGCAGAGUCGUAACCAAAUCAUAGACGAGAUAGGCGAAAAAAUGGACGAACUGGUUGAGGAUCUGGACGUGGAGCUAGAAACUGUAAUUCAGCAAGAAUUGGAAGGUCUAGCGCAAGAGCAGCAACAGCCUACGCCGCCCAAAAUGGGUCUACCGUCAUUACCUGAACCCACUUGUCCUCCGCCACCGCCACCUGCAGCUUUUCAAUCGACUCCAGAGACACCUGCUCUACCAGUCGAGAAGAAAGAGGAAAAGGAUGAUAAAGACGAGCCUAUCUAUGAGUCUGUUAUUCCCAGGGAAGAGCCUGUUCCCGUGCCUGUUUGUGUGUCGCCUCCACCGUUACCGGCACCUCCUCGAAUACCUUCCGAGUCGCCCAAGGCUACGCCUCCAGUUUCAAGAACAAAUAGUACUGUGCCACCUGCUUGGAGGUAUUCCCAGGAGCAGCAGCAGCAAGCGGAAGUACAAAACAACGCGGAACGCGAGCAAAGGCGUAAGUUUCGCGUAGAGAAAAAAUUGCAGGAGCUGAAUGAGAACAAUGAAAAGGAAACGGGUAAUUCGGAAGAAAUAUACCAUGAUAUGGUAGAAUUUGCCAACACUUACUUCAAUUCUCACGAGAGGAGUCCCGAAGGAACUAUCAUGGCGACUUUGACUAGAAAGAGGCAGAGUUCGGAAAUGAUACCAAAAUACGAAAUGGUGACUUAUUAUAAGGGCAAUACCAUUCCCAAUUCUCACAUACACAUGUACGAUCCUGAUAAUAUAAACAUUGCUUGCAGUAUAUUUAGGGACCUAAGUAAAUAUAUUCGAGGCGAACUAAACGGAGAGAGAGAACUACAAGUAAUUCAGUCUAUAAUUGGUUACGCCUUAGAAAGGGAAGAACUCAGGGACGAAAUUUUUGUACAAUGUAUUAGACAGGCCACAAAUAACCCUAGUUCUGAAGGAACGGAGCGUGUAUGGUUACUUCUUUGCUUGUGUGUGGUUUCCUUCCAACCUUCAAAACUCCUUUAUCGAUACUUCUUGUCUUUCCUAAAAAAGAACUUGUCGCAAGGUGGCCGAAUUUCCCAAUACGUGCAGUGGUGCUUGGAUAACUGUAAUAACAAUAAAGUUACCGUUAGGGAACAUCCCCCGUCCUCAGUAGAAGUGGCGGCCAUGAAGAGAUUAGGCACAAUUGUGUGUAGAUUUUUCUUCCUGGACGGCCGGACAAAAGCUAUCGACGUACAUCCGACGGACACGGCAGGUGACGCAGCAAGGAAAUUAGCCGAACGUUUAGGUCUGAGGAACUUAGAUGGUUGGGCGAUUUACCAGAGUCGCCCUGACGGUGAGGAGCAUGUUAGGGCACAUCACUACCUUUACGACGUCAUCGCUCAGUGGGAAAUGAAUCAGAAUAAAUUAGUGCCUGCUAGCGGUUUAGCGACGCUAGGCAGGAGAAGCGGCCAGUCCGUCAGUGGGGGAGAAAAUAGGUUUAUUUUCAAACGAAGGCUCUUUAAAUCUAGUCGAGAACUUAGUCAGGAUCCUGUAGAAGUUAAUUUACUUUAUGCUCAAGCUGUGCACAGCGUAGUUAAGUGUGACGAUUUUCCCGUAACGGAGAAAGUCGCCCUUCAGCUAGCUGGCUUACAGGCACAAGUAGCUUUAGGAAAUCCCAAAGAUAAUAAUAAACUUGAAUAUUACACAGACAUUGAUACAUAUCUUCCUUACCGCAUAAGUCGCACCAGAGGAGAUGACGUAUGGGUACCGAUUAUUGCUCAAGCCCACCGUCAGUACGGAGCAAAUCGUACAGAGUUAACCGCCAAAGCUUUAUACCUAUCCUGUGUAAUGCAGUACCCUCUCUAUGGCACCACAAUGUUUCCCGUCACUUACCGAGGUUACUGGUCUUACGGAAACGCUCUCACUUUAGGCAUAAACUGCGAGGGAAUCAUGUUGAUAAAGAAUGACGAUAAAUUCGUACUGAACGAAUUCCCAUAUCAAGAAGUCGAGAGCAUAUUGCUAGACCCCAGCGAUAGUUUCAUUACGAUUACCUUACAGAGGCACUUGAGCGAAAAUAAUCAUAAGUGUUAUGUCUUCGAAACAACGCAGAAGAACGAGAUCGGUUCUUUAAUCGCUAGUUAUUGCCCGACCUUAGCUGGGUGGCUUACGGAAAGUGAGGCACCGCAAAAGAAGUUAAAGGGCAUUACAAACGAAGACCGAGUACGACUUUACCACAAUCUAGUCAAUUGUAGAAGGGCGCUAGUCGAUCAUGACAUCCUUCGUAAGCCAAUGGAAUCUUCUGGUAGCUUCCUCCGGAACACACUUCGUAGACUAAGCAAACAUAAAUUGGACAAACUCCGUCAGGAACAUGGUGGUGAUACCGGUGAAACCUACAAAGGAUUCCAUUAUGCUUUUUGGGCAUUCAGCAGACAACCGUUGCCCCAGAGUAUUAGCAGGAUACCAGAGCCCGACGAACAGAUCAUGCUGCAGGUGUUUCAAAUUAUCUUGACUUACGCCGGAUUGGGACAGAACGGGGAAACUAUAAGACGAGUGGAGGACGAACACGUAACCUUGCUACAAACGAUCCUCGAAAGGUGUAUGAGGAAAGACGGGCUAUUAUGCGAGCUUUACCUCCAGUUGAUAAAACAGACCACCGACCAUCCCGAUCCAAACUCCAGAGUUAAUUUGAGACACUGGGCUUUGCUGUCACUAGCUUGCUCGGUGGUGUUGCCGCCAAGUAAAGCUAUUAGGAGGUAUCUCAUAGCUCACUUGAAACGGUGUAGCUCCGAUUUCGUAACGGAGGAGGGUAAAUACGCAAGGUUCGCCGAGAAAUGUCUUUCUAAAACUCAGGGUACGAGACGAAGGCAAUGGCCUCCUUCUAGAGAAGAGAUAUUGUGUACAAUAAAUAGGCGGCCGGUCUACGCUAGGUUUCAUUUUAUGGAUGGUCAGUAUCACUCGGUUGAGUUCCAUCCCUCUGCUACUGCCAAAGACGUGCUAGAAGUUGUAAGAGACAAAAUCGGACUUAAUCAAGAUGCCAAAGGUUAUGCGAUUUACGAAGUGUUGGGGAACUCCGAACGUAGCUUGGCCCCAGAAGAGAAAGUGUCCGACGUCAUGGCGAAAUGGGAGAGAUACAGAGCAGCAUCUGUUGCAACAGCUGCAAGUACCACUGGUACUGCUAAGAGAACCAGGCCGCAGCAUCACUUCUUCUUAUUUAAGAAACACCUCUUUAUGGACAAUUUCAUAAAUCUAAGUGAUCCCGUGGAAAAGGAACUGCUGUACCACCAAGUCCUGUACGAUUUGAGAACAGAUCGGUUUCCAAUAACGGACAAAGAAGCUAUGAUGUUGACUGCACUUCAAGCUCAAUUAGAACUUGGAGACCUAGAAGAAAACAUUCACGAUUACCGACCGAUUGCAUCACACUGUUUACCCGCUCGUAUGGUUCCAAUAUUACCCUGUGAAGGUGUGCAGAUGCACCACCAAUCCUUAAAGGGGAUGACCCCAUCGGAAGCCAAACAGGCUUUUCUCAACUUAAUUCAGAGUUGGCCGCUGCAUAAAGCGACUAUAUUUGAUGUUAUGCAAUCUUUCACAUCCAACUGGCCUAGAGUCUUAUGGUUGGCCGUAGACCAAAAGGGACUUCACUUACUGGAACAUCGAUCUCGCAACGCUCUCUGCACCUACGAUUACGGAAGCAUCCUGAGCUAUUCCCCCGCCCUCAACUGCCUAAUGAUAAUUACAGGAAGCGACAGAAAACAAAGCAAGGUAAUCUUAACCACGGCUCAGGCGUUCCAGAUCGCUACGCUCAUCAGGGAAUAUAUGGAGGCGCUGCACGGGAACGUCAUAGAAAUGAGGAGGAACGACCAGCCCAAAAGCCGACCCAUCAGCGCCCUCCACCAAAACGCUCCUCUGGUGCCCCCACAGCCUAGCUAGAAGAGGGUUACUUUCGCAGACCAAGUUAUAGCGAACUGCUAUUAACUUGCCGAAUAGAAACAGUUGGCGUUUCCAAAAUUUAUCUGGUAAGUUUUGGGGGUGGCGAUUGUGACGGUCUGCGAAAAUUGUUAAAGUUGUGUUUACCAAAAGUUUAAAGAGUAUUAUGUAUAACAUUAUUUAUAUUUUGUGAUGAUAUUUGUAUAAAAUGUAUUAUGCCGUUGAGUUUUUACAUUAUCUUUUCUGUAAAAAGACUGAUAGUCCAAAUAUACUUAUAGCCAUAUUACUAAUUAUAUUCAUAAUUUAUCCGUAAAUUAUAAGAUUGUCUGUUUUCUAAAAUCGAUCAUCUCCACUGCUGACAGCUUUAUAUUGAAAAAACACUAAUCCAAACUAUGUGUAAAGUAUUUUUAUGAUGCUUUGUUUUUGUCUAGGUU